AUGAGUUCAACAGCCCCAUCAACGACAAAACCCCAGCAACGAAGAAACGUUUACGAACUGUUGUCUAAUGUUGAUCUAUCAAUCAACAAAAUAAAUCAACUCACCUCGCGUGAAAGAAACGGUGGCCUAUAUCGACUAUCGCUUUACCCAGGAAAAGAUAUCCCAAAAGAUAUUAAGGACAAAAUCAUUAAACUAAUCGUUGAAAUUCAAACAAAUGACAGAUCAAUCAUAAGAAUCUUUUACACUAGUGAAUCAUUUUUUGGCAAAAGUACCGAAUCUGCUUCAUCAAGCUGUGCAAAAUCUGUGGUCAAGUAG